AUUCACCAGAGAUGAUUUCCAGUUGACUGAAACUGACAUGAUGAGAUCAACAAUCCUUUGUUAUUUACUUCUUAUCUUACCAUGUGUAUCGUGUGAGACUACUAAACCACCAGCAACUUGGAGACGUGAGCCAGAGGACACUGUGGCAAAUGUUGGAGAUGCAAUAACACUCUACUGUGAGAUGGAUAACUUACCUGAAGAACACCAAGUGAGAUGGAGCCGAGGAAGAGAGGGUGUAGAUGAAGUAGUACUCAGCCACAAUAAUCAAAUAAAUUCAGUAUUUGCUGAUAUCUAUGAAAUCACUGGAAGAUAUAACCUCCGCAUUAAAAGAGUCCAGGAUAACAGGGACUUUACAUAUUUCACCUGUAGGGAAUUGCUGGGUGCACUCGUACCAAGCAAAGUAUCUGUCAUCAAGACUGUUGCCCCAAGCCAGCCUUUGAUAUCAGGGGCCGAUAGUGUCAUAGAAGGAAGUGAUGCCGUACUAACCUGUUCAAGCUCUGGUGGAGUAGAAGCACCAGAUACAAAAUGGUAUAGGGAUCGGGAUGAAAACCCAAUAACAGUUGGGAUAGUUGAAAGCCGAAAUACAAACUGGAAGACCAACCCAGGGGCUACAAGCUCAAGUGUUCUGACCCUAUCAAACGUGACAAAGGAUCUCCAUGAGAAGAUGUAUGAAUGCAGAUUGAAUAACACAGCAACUUCUGAUUUGAAAGCUACCGUCAUAUUGGAUGUAAAAUAUAAACCUGGCACUGCUACUUCGCGUGGUAAUGUUGAAGUAAAUGAACAAGAAACUGCUACAUUGAGAUGUAAUCAUCCAAGUGAUAGAGGAAAUCCACGGUCAACAUUCAAGUGGUUUAAGGGAGCAUCUGAUACUCCCUUCACCGAUGAAUCAUCAGCAACCCUGACUAUAAGUAGUGCCACUGUUGAUAAUUAUGAUGACACAUACCGAUGCACACCAACUAACUCAGCAGGGGAUGGAAUAUCUGCUUCAGUUACAUUAACUGUGAGAGCCAAGCCUGCCAUGAGUAAAUACCCAACAGGUAUUGUUGAUGCCAUUAAUACUCAGCCACUGCCUGACAAUGUAAAAUGUAUUGAUAAAGCUAAACCUGGAUCUUCUUACAAAUGGUAUUUAAAUGGAAGUGAAAUAACAGGCUCUAAUUCAAUAUACCAGUACAGUAGUUCAAAUUCAACGUCUGGAAAAUGGACAACUACAACAAGUUCUCUCAGCUGGAAAAGUGGUUCAUCCGAGGCACAGAGAAAAGCUGGGAGUGGCAGUGUGAAAUGUGAAGCUACAAAUACAGCUGGAGAUGAUGAGAAAACAUUUACUAUUAACGUACAAUAUAAACCCGGCACUGCUACUUCGGGUGGAAAUGUUAAAGUAAAUGAAGAAGAAACUGCUACAUUGAGAUGUAAUCAUCCAAGUGAUAGAGGAAACCCAAAGUCAACAUUCAAGUGGUUUAAGGGAGACUCCAAUACUCCCUUAACUGACCAAUCAUCAGCAACCCUUACUAUAAGUAGUGCCACUGUUGAUGAUCACGAUGACACAUACAAAUGCACACCAACUAACUCAGCAGGAGAUGGAACCCAUGCAUUGGUUACAUUAACAGUAAAUGCUGUGCCAUCCAUAACCACACAUCCACCUUCAGAUGUUGAUGUCAUUAAUUCUGAUUCUACAUUGCCGACAAGUCUUAAAUGUAUAGACAAGGCAAGGCCAGGAUCUUCUUACAAAUGGUAUUUAAAUAACAGUGAAAUAACAAGUAAUCAUGCUGUUUAUGCAUUCAAUGACUCUCCAUCAAUAUCUGGAAAAUGGACAACAACAACUAGUUCACUGAAAUGGAAAGAUGGUUCAACAGAAGCUGAAAGGAGAGGAGGAUCUGGGAAUAUCAAAUGCACAGCAACUAAUGAUGCUGGAUCAGCUGAUAAAACUGCCAAUGUCAAUGUACAGUAUAAACCUUAUAACAUACAAAUAUCACCAAACACUAAGACAAUAACACAAGUAGAAAAUGAAACCUUGCAGGAAGUAAAAUGUGUUUCAACAGCUAAUCCACCAAGUGGCUACAAAUGGUAUUUCAACAGUUCUUCUCAAGAACACAACUCUGGUGACACACUUCAACUGGGUAAAUUACAGCGAAGCCAUCAUGGAAAUUACAGCUGCACUGCAACUAAUGAUAUAGGGUCUGCCUCAAGUCAAAUAAUUUUGGUUGUGCUGUAUCCAACAAAAGUGACAAGCUUUGUGUCUUCCACUGGUGAAUCUCCUGUAUUGGAAAAUUCUGAAUUUUCCUUGACCUGUAAUGCUGACAGUAGACCAGCAUCUACAAUAGUUAUUUCUCUGGAAUCGAAUAAGGAAAAAGAGGCAAAGGAGGUAUUAACACUGGUACAUACCAUUCCUAGAGCUACAUGUCGCCACAUGGGAAUGUACAGUUGUGAUGCAAAUAAUCCCAUUGGAGCGAGUAUGGUUGAACACUUUGUUACAGUUCACUGUUCCCCGACAGAUGAUGAUGCAAAUCCUUCACAGGUUAAAUCUUAUGCAAUGGUUGGAGAUACAAAGGAAAUUGUCUUUAAUAGCAUUGGCUUUCCAUUGCCUGAAUUUAAAUGGUAUAAGCUAGACAUUGAUAAUAGCACACAUAAGCUGCCCGAUCAUAUGUCGACUUAUGUUAACACAACUAACAGGUACACACAUCGUGCUGUGAUGAAUAUCCAACGCAUAAAAGCAACAGACUUUGGAAAAUAUAUCUGCAUGGCAUCAAACAGUGUCAGUAACACAACAAAGAUGUUUGAACUGAGUGCAGCAGGACCACCUGAAAAGCCACACAAUCUUAAGGUUAUUGACAUUAAAACAGCUGUGUCUCUGUACAUUCAAUGGACACCUGGUUACAAUAAUGGAAAACCUCAAACAUUUACUGUAGAAUAUCAGAAGAUCAAGGAGACACAAUGGACAGAAUAUAGGAAGGGUAUUUUAGAUCCACCUCCACUACCAUUUAAGGUUCAUCCACUGGACAGUAAUACAUCAUAUGUUUUUAGAGUGAAUGCAAUAAAUGAAGAAGGGUCUAGUGGAUUUACAGAGCCAUCAAGUGCAGGAACUACAUGGGCAUUACCAAGCAGUAAAGAAAUCAAUCCUACUUUUAUAAAGGAUGGAAACAACAUAAUAGUAACAUUUAACAAUUUUCCAAGAAAUUGCACGAGUGUCACCAUACAUUGCUGCGAAGCUGAGGCAGCAACUAGCUGUAUUACAAGAAAUGUUACUAACCUUGGAGAAACACCUAAAGAAGUAGUUAUAUCAAUAGAAGAGAAUAAAAAAUACACAGUGUCCUUUCACUAUUAUCAGCGAGAUGAUAUCAUACACAAGUCCCAGCCACAGAUUGCAGAAAAAAGGCAAGAGCCACCAAAUAUAGGUGCUAUAAUAGGAGGUGUCUUUGGAGGGCUGCUUCUAGCUGUUGUUGUGGUGUUGAUAGCAGUUUUUGUAUGGAAAAAGAGACAAAAUGAUGGACAAGGAAAAAAUGGCACAGAAAUGAACACAAGGCGAUCCUUGAUUAUGGAGCAAGACAUUGGUCGAUCUAAUGAAAGUUUUGAUGGUGGUAACCCUUAUGAAGAGUCCCCUGGUACAGCUAGCAAUGGCAAUAUCAAUCCAUAUGGAGAGACUUCAGCAGGGAAUAGAAAUGCAAAUGAAGAUAUUAAUCCCUAUGGAGACAUAAACCCAUAUGGAGUGACAUCUAAUGGAAAUGGUAAUUUCAGUGAGAGACCCAUUGAUGUGGAAAACAAGCCUGAUCCAGCUGCACUUUAUGCUCAACCUGACAAGAGUAGCAAAAACAAGAAAUCUGAGAAAACACCAGAUGAUGUUGCAGCAAUGUAUGCCCAGCCUGAUAAAGUGAAAAAAGGACCAAAGAAAAAUGAAGAUGCUAGUGUUCCAGUAGAAGCUCUUUAUGCACAACCAGAAAAGAAGAAAAACAAAAAAGGUGCAAAGCCUGUUGAGGCAUUGUAUGCAGAACCUGACAAAUCAAAGAAGAAUAAAAAAACGACACAACCAGCUGAUCCCAUAUAUGCAGAAUCUGAGAAAAAGAAGACUGGAGGUAAACCAGUUCUUGCAAAGAAGCCUGUAGCUGAUAAACCAAGUGUGUCUGACAAACCUAAUAUUAAAGCCAAACCUACAAUAAGUAACAAACCUCCAACUCCUACAAAACCAACAAUGUCACAUCCAUAUGUGAAUGUGCAAAAAACAGCUGUUCAACCUGAAGGGGAGUAUGCAGAAGUUGGAAACCCUAAGAAAGCCAUUCCAGCUACUAGCCUUGGAAAUGCUGGACAUAUUCCAGAUGGUGAAAACCCAUAUGGAAACUCUGGUAACAUUCCAGAUGGUGAAAACCCAUAUGCAAACUCUGGCCAUAUUCCUGCUGGUGAUAAUCCAUACCAGAAUUGGGAACUUCCUAACACUGAGCCGAAUCCUCCUCCACCCCCACCAGAUCCAGAUAAUCCUGCCUUAUUGUACGCAGACCUAUCGUUCACACAGAAUCAAAAUGGUGGAAACCAGCAGUUGGAUUUACCUGUCAGACAGGAGGAACCCACAGAGUAUGCUGCAAUAGACUUUAAACGUACAGAGAAAGGAGCUAAUGUGUAA